UACUCGGAAGCCCCGCCCAGACAAUACAGACAGCAGGACAGAUCGCUGGAAAUACACUGCCGCAUAUUCUGACUUUUAGGAUAGAUGGAUUUUAUUAAUAUUUUUAUUUAGAAGUUUGCCCAAACAAGACCGACGUCGAGGCAGGUGUGUUCAGACCCCGCGUGGAGGACUUGAUAGUGCUGCAUAGCACAGUAUCGGUGCUCCGACCGUGUUAGCCACACUUAGCAAGGUGUCAGAUGCUAACCGAGUUAACGUUACCUAACGAUUGUGACAGCCCGGCUCGGCAGUACGAAAAGUGUUUUGUGAUUGUAACGUAACGACAAAUCGCUGUUGAGCAUCUGUUUGUACUCGUUGUUCAUCGACAAGGCAACCAAGUCCGACGUGUUUGUAUCCGUUAGCAACGCUGUCAGGUUGAAAUUCAAGCUAGCAAUAGAGCACUGCGUUACCUGCUACGUAAACCACAACAUCCACCAAACUGGACAAAACUUUGGAUUUUGUGGGGUUUAAAUCGGCCUCGACGGGUUCGCUGACCCCCCAGAAGAAGAUGAAGAAGAGGAAGGAGCUGAACGCCUUGAUCGGACUCGGGGACAGCAAGAGGAAGAAGACCAAAAAGGGGACAGGACACCGCCUCCUGCGAACCGAGCCGCCGGACUCCGAGUCCGAGUCCAGCUCGGACGACGACGAGUUCAGCGGCAUGAGCAGCGGGGCGCACGCCGGCAAGAGAAGCUACACGCAGUGCUGCAAUGUGUGCUACCCCUUGUUCCUGUUCGUCAUACUCGCCGCCUGCGUCACGGCCUGUGCUGGACUCCUAUGGAUGCAGAUCGCCCUGAAAGAAGACCUGGACUCACUGAAAGCAAAGCUGCAUAGCAUGGAAUCCAGCCAGAAGGUGUCAUCCAGUGAAAUACCGAAGCUGAGUGAGGACCUGAAAAACAAGGACCGGAAGCUCGACGACAUUGAGAACGGGGACAGAGGGUUGAGCAAGCUCUGGUCCAACCUAACAGAAAUGAACAGAAAGAUCAGUUUGCUGGACUCCGCAGUAACCCAUCUGAAGGCCAACUUGAAAUCAGCUGCUGACUUAGUCAGCCUUCCCACUACGGUUGAAGAGCUUGAAAAGAGUGUUGCUAAAAUCGGCAGCACACUAACGAGUGUGCAGCAUGAUGUGAAGACCAUGCAGGAUGCGCUUGAGAAUCGGAACAAAGAUGAAGAGUUGAAGAAGACGACGGACCUCGCGGACCUGAGAAUGGCGGUGAGCGAGGCGAACCAGACGGAGGAGCUGCGCCAUGCGCGGACCGACGAGCACGUCCACGGCCUCCUCUCUGCGGUGGCAGAUCUUCAGCAGCGCGUGUCGUCGUUGGAGAACGGGUCGCAGCACAGCUCAAAGAGCCCCAGUGAAAGUCCGGCGACCGAAGCCACAAAAGAAGCCGCGACCACCAACGCAACACCUGGCGACGUGCAAGAGGUGUCCACACCACUGACGGAGCCUCAGACGAGCCGACGGCCACGCUUCGCAACUCCGAACCGCUCCAAGAGAAACGCUGAGACAACGUGCCCACAGAUGUUGUUCCUGUCUGGGGUCAAUUCUCUGAAAGACCUGGAGGACGUCUUCCGGCAGAAAGGCGUCGGACGCGACGCCCUCGGGUUUGACUUUCGCAGCCUGAGAAAAGUUUUUAGAACGUCGACCCCCGACGCGCGCACCAUGGCGUGUUUUGACAGCGACGGAAACAAGAGGUACUCGCUGGCGGAGCUGAGGGCGGCCGCAGGUUUGUGAGCACGACGGACAGUAUUGAUUACCCGGCGGGGUCCGGGAGUUUGAAGUUCCUGACCCCUUUUCUGUAAUUGCUGCACCUUUUGUGAACUGAUUGUUACGGAUUGUGGAGCGCUGGCAUCCCUCAUACUCACUGCCCGGGUUCAACACAACCUCAUUCACAAAACACCUGAAUGCACAAUAGUCUGCUCUUCUUUUUAGAUAAUUCUACAGUCAUUUUACAUGAAAUAUACCGUAUGUGUAUCAUUCUGAUUUUUUCCAGGCCUCAGUUCUCAGACUUGUUUUCCUGCACCUUUUUUUGAUUUUGUUCCAUUUAGUUUCCAGUCUGUCAAACGUUGACGUCAGAUGUUUGUGUAUUUAGCUUCUGUGGAGGCGAACAUUGUCGGUCUACUUCUCCACCCAUCAACACCUUAACUGAGGUAGAAUUUUAGAAAUGGUUAAGAAUUCUUUUUUGUGUUGUUUUUUUGGUUUUUAGUUUGAUUCCAAACUUUACUGAAUCACAGCUUUGAGCAUAAGCGUGAGGAUCUAUAUUUACUCUUUUCCAGAUGUCUUUUCUCUUAUUUUCAGUUAGUUGCUACAUCCUGAUUGUGUUUAGUUUCUCUUGUUUCAUUUCUAUUUUGGCAUCUUUCAGUUGUACAAGUUUUGAAGGGCUAUGAACACUUUGAAUCAUUGAGUUUUAGAAGUCAUAACUCAUAUGUAGCAAUAACAUGACUUAGAUAUAGCUUGUCUAAAAUGACCAUAGACAGGCACACCUCAGUGUGGAACAGGUAGUACAAGAGGCACUGACCAUCAAUCUUUACUUGAUCCAUUUUAUUCCAUUUUUAUGGGCUUAAUGAUGGUGUAUUAUUAUAUAACAAAUGUGUCAUACUCAUUGUGUAUUCUGUAAAAAUGGUAUAAAUGUAUUCUCAGAAAUGA